UGUCCCCUCAGGGUGCGCCUGGCAGGGAUGAAGAUCUCCCGCCCGCCCGUCUCCAUCGGCCACUACAAAAUGGUCAAACACAAGAGUGACAAAGGCAACGAGGAGAACCCGCACAGGUUUGACCUGCUGGUGCGCACGCAGCGCUCGUGGACGCAGGACGGGAUGAACUCUCUCCGUUAUUCGCUGCUGGCCAAGGAGCUGCGCCCGCUCUACACCAACCUGACCGUGGACAUCGGCCCCGACCCCCGGGGGGGUCCCCGCGCCCCCCGCGCCUCCUCCUCCUCCUCCUCAUCUUCCUCAUCCUCAUCUUCCUCAUCUUCAUCCUCCUCCCGCUUCCGACAGGAGAUGCUGCGCAAACCCCCCCGCGGGGACCUGGCGCUGUCACCAGGGAUGUCACCGGGGAUGGCACCGGGGAUGGCACCGGGGAUGUCACCGGGGAUGUCACCGGGGAUGGCACCGGGGAUGUCACCAGGGAUGGCACCAGGGAUGUCACCGGGGAUGUCACCGGGGCUGUCACCAGGGAUGGCACCAGGGAUGUCACCAGGGAUGGCACCAGGGAUGGCACCGGGGAUGGCACCGGGGCUGUUACCGGGGAUGUCACCAGGGAUGUCACCAGGGAUGUCACCGGGGAUGUCACCGGCGCUGUCACCGUCACCGGCGCCGUCACCGCGCGCCACCAACGGCAGCGCCUCGGGGGGCAACCAGAGCGUGGCACGGGGACCCCCCUGAGCCCCCCAACACCGAGCCGGGUUUGGACUUUGGGGGGGCUCACCCGACCCCCCAAACCCCCCCAACCCCGGGUUUGGACUCUGGGGGGGCUGGGGGGCCUCACCUGAACCCCCAAACCCGGGUUUGGACUCUGGGGGGGCUUACCCGAACCCCCCCUGUGACCCCCCGGGUUUGGAUUCUGGGGGGGCUCACCCGAACCCCCAAACCCGGGUUUGGACUUUGGGGGGGCUCACCUGAACCCCCCAACCCCGGGUUUGGACUCUGGGGGGGCUGGGGGGCCUCACCUGAACCCCCAAACCCGGGUUAGGACUCUGGGGGGCCUCACCUGAACCCCCACCAUGAGACCCCCACCCCGGGUUUGGACUUUUGGGGGGCUGGGGGGGCUCACCCAACCCCCCUGUGACCCCCCAAACCUGGGUUUGGACUCUGGGGGGGCUGACCCGAACCCCCCCAUGAGACCCCCCCAACCUGGGUUUGGAUUCUGGGGGAGCUGGGGGGGGCUCAUCUGAACCCCCAAACCCCCCCAACCCCGGGUUUGGACUCUGGGGGGGCUGGGGGGCUCACCCGACCCCCACCAUGAGACCCCAAACCCGGGUUUGGAUUCUGGGGGGGCUCACCCGAAGCCCCCCUGUGACCCCCCGGGUCUGGACUUUGGGGGGGCUGGGGGGGGCUCACCCGACCCCCCUGUGACCCUCCCCAACCCCAGGUUUGGAUUUUGGGGGGGCUGGGGGGGCUCACCUGAACCCCCUGACCCCCCCAAACCCGGGUUUGGACUCUGGGGGGCCUCACCCGAACCCCCCCCGGGAUUUUGGGGGGUUUGGGGGGUCCCUGACUGGGGGGGGGCUCACCCGAACCCCCCCCAGGAUUUUGGGGGGUCCCUGACCGGGGGGGGGGCUCACCCAACACCCCCCCGGGAUUUUGGGGGGUCCCCAGCUGGGGGGCCUCACCCGACCUCCCCCCUGGGAUUUUGGGGGUUUUUUGGGGGUCCCUGACUGGGGGUGGGGCUCACCCGACCCCCCAAACCCGGGAUUUUGGGGGUUUUUUUGGGGGUCCCCAGCUGGGGGGCCUCACCCGACCUGCCCCCCGGAAUUUUGGGGUUUUUUGGGGGUCCCUGACUGGGGGUGGGGCUCACCCAAACCCCCCCCGGGAUUUUGGGGGGUUUUUGGGGGUCCCCACAUGCCGGGCGUUGAUAUUUAUUCUAUUUAUGAGCCGCUCUCUCCGGACCUUUCUAAGUGGUUUUUUUUUUUUUCAAUUAAAAAAUAAGAAAAGCCA